AUGGAUCAACAAAAUUCAUAAUUCAGACCAACUUAAGGCGUUUAACCCAAUUAAGGUAAUUAGAUCCAAUCACUCAAUUUCAUAUAACAUCGUGGAGAAACCAAUAAUGUAAUUUGUUAAACUAGCAUAGUAAUAAAUAUCUACUUAAGCUCAACUUGUAAUUAAUAAAGAACCUUAAUUUUAGUAAGGUGGUGGGUAACCUUAGUUUAUGUAAUAAAUUCAGCAAUAACAAUUUAUAAACAAUGGUAAGAAUUAUUUCUAUAUAUAUUAGGUAAUCCUCCUCUUUAAAUUUAAUCUAUAUAUAGUACUGAAAUAGAAAUAAGUAUAUUAAUAUAAUAAUUUAAGAAAAUUAUUAAACAAAAAUUGAUGAGAAAUAAAAAGAGAUUUCUUAAUUUUAAUAAAAUUUGACUGAUGUUCAAGUUGAAGUAAAUGAUUUAAAUACAUAAAUCGAGAAUUUGGAAUAAGAAUUACAAUAAAUUAAUAAAAGUAAUAGAAAGUUUGAAGAUUAAUUGUUUUAAUAAAAUUAUUAAAAAGAAAACGAAAGAGCCCAGUUAAACAAAAAUAUUAAAUUAUCAAAAAAGGAAAAAUAAAAUCUUUAGUUUGAAAUAAAAUAAAAAUAAGACUAAUAUUUAAUAUAAGAAUAGUUGAUUUAAAAUAAUAAUUAGGCAAAUGAAAUUUAAGCAAAGAAUUUAGAAAUGUAAUAAGAAAAAAUAAAUCAAUUGGAAAAAGAAAAUGAAGCAUUAGAAAAAUAGUUAAGUAGGAUAUCACUUUAGUAGAAAGAUGUAGAAUUAAUAGAUAAAUUUGAAUCUUUAAAGAAAGAAUUAUUAGAUUUCGAUUAGCAAAUUCAAUAGAGCCAAUAACAACUGAAGGAAAAAGAAGAAAAAAAAAAAAUACUUAAAUAAAACCUUUUUUCCAAAGAUUAAACAAUUUGUAUGAUGAGGGAAUAAAAAAGGAAGAUUGAUAAAAAAAUCAAAAUUAGUUAAGAAGAUAUUUAGCAAUAUAAAUUAGAAAUGAGUAGAUAAGAAAACAGUCUUUAAGGAAAAACUAAAAUAAUAGUAUAAUAGGAGUAAAUACUUCAUUAAAGUAAAUUGGAAUUACCAAAUGUUUAUUAAAAAUUAUAAGAGGAAGAUCAUAAGUUAAUUAAAUAGAUAAAAGAUAAUUCUAUUGAGUCAAAAUAAUAAGAGAAAACAAAUUCUAAAAUAUUAUUGAACCAAAAAAAGAAAGAAUAAGCUGAUUUAUUAGAAUCUAAUAAAUAAACACGAGCCAAAUAACUAUAGGAAUUAUAACAAAGGUUUAGAGAUAGUCAUGGAUAACUUGAAAUAUGUUUUUUAAUUGAUUGUACAGGGUAAUAAUAAUAUUCAUAAUUUAUAGAUCUAUGGAUCCUUAUAAAAAACAGGCAGAGUUAUGUGUUGAAAAAAGUAUGAUCUCAGUCAAAAAUUAAACUUAAAGAGACACAUUAUGGUCCCUUAUUUGUUAUUAGGAUAAAGCUGAAUUAAAAUAAUUAGGAAUUUAUAAAUAAUUGUAGUUUACUGAUCAAACUUAAUAAGUCACAGAAUUUUUAUAAAGAAUUAGAUGUACAGGAGGAGGUGAUGCUCCAGAAGAUUUAGAUGGAGCUAUAAAGCAAAUGAUAAAUAAUCUUUAAUGGAAAACUAAAUUUAAAAUUGCCAUGCUAAUUUGUGAUGCUCCAUGUCAUGGAACAAAUUUUCAUGAUUUUGGAAGAAACUAAGAUCAUUAUCCUGAUGAUGAUUUGACUCAAGCUAUUGAAUUAAUGAUUUAGAAUGACAUAUUCUUUAUUGGAAUAAUCUUUACUUCUAUUACAAAUAAAAUGUUUGAAGAGAUUAGAAAAAUCUAUUAAAGACAUAAUAAACAAGAAUAUUUCUUCUUAUAUGAUUUAAGAAAUGCAUAACCUGAUAAGAUAUUUGAAUCACUUGUAGGUGUUUUGACAAAAGUAUCCUAAACUGCCACUUAAACUAAUGUCAGAAACACUAAAGUAUAAACUCGUGGUAAAAUAGGUAUAGAAGUUGCUUCUAAAGAAAAUCAAAUACCAUAAAGUCCUAUUGAAAUGCUUUGCAAAUUAUUAUUAGAAAAAUAACCAAAUUUAAAUGAUUUUGUUAGUGAAACUUUUAGAGUAUUUAGAAUAGAAUUUAGUGAUUAAAAAUUUAAUUAGAAAUAUUUAGAAAUCUAGACUAUAGGAGUUGAUGAUUUCAAGUAAAUUGAAGAAGGUUAAUGGUCAUGUCUAAGAUCAAAAGCUCCAUUUGCAAAAGGAGCUAUGAAAUCAGCUUAUUUGAUGAUUAAAUAAAAUUAAAAUGCUGCAAAAUAAAAAGAAUUUUAUGUUUGCAAAACUCCUUUAGAUUAAAAGCCAUUUAAGACAUUUUAAAUGGCUGUAUAGGAAUGUUUAGUACAUUUAAUAGCAUAGAAAUGGAUGAAGAAAUUCAAUCGUGAUUUAGAUGAGGGUAUAAAAUAAAAAGAAAUAAAAAAAAGAUAUCCAUAAGUAAUAUAUUCAGAUCUUCUAAUAUUUUUGGAUGUUUAAGGUAAAUAAUAUAUUAAAAAUAGGAAAUUAUUGGAUUGCUGAGAGAUUUUUUGAAGGAGAAUUUGUUAAAUAUAAUAAUAAUUAUGGUUAUGUAAAUUAAGAUUAAAGUGAUUUAAAUAAAAUUGGUAAUAGUUUUUCUGCAUAUACUUUUGUUAAGAGUAAUUUUAAUUAUUUGAUUUGUGAUAUUUAAGGUGUAAAGUGUUGUUUUACUGAUCCAGCUAUAUGUACAAUGAAAAGUAAAUUAUUAAUUUUAAUUUUAAUUAGAUUAUAAGCUUGAACCAACAGAUUUAGGUAAUGAAGGUAUUGCAUAAUUCUCAGUUUCAUUCAAUUUAGUGAAAAACACAUGUUAAGAGAUUUUGUAAAUUUUAGAAAUUAAUAUUUGA